AUGUUGAGAACCAUGAAGCUCUACAAAGUCUCCGUUGUCCCCAUGUUCACCCUUCUCACCCUCACAACCAGCUUUGUCCUCCCCCUUCCGGACAACCUCCAAGCCUUCCUGGGAGUCGAGAACGAGGCCCCUCUCAACUCCCCCGUCCAAGAUGAAGGCUUCAGCCGCCCCUCAUGGUUCACAUCAGCUCUGAUGGCCCGCCGCCUCCUGGCCCUCUCCCCCUCAGGCGUGAUCACAACCACAUUCCCAGACUCCCUCCCCCCCUCCGCCCACGCCCCCUCAGACGUAGCCGGCCUCUCCAUAGGUCUACGUGAGUACAUCGCCGACUGCGACAGCUCUCUACCAAAAGACCUCUCCCACGACGACAACGGCUCCCCAACAAUCCUAGGCCUCCGCAUCGGCACCACAUUCAAGAACAUCGCCUCCGGCUCCAACCUCAGCCUUCAACUAGACUGGUGGGACCAUCUCGACGAAGCAGGCCCUGUCUACCCAGGCCUCCCUCUCAGUCCUGCCGCUCUACCUCGCGUCACUCUAUUCGGAUACUUGGAUUCUCUCCCUUCGCCUCUUCCAGACGACGCGGCUGCCGCGCUGGAAGCUUGCUUCCUUGGUCCGCAUCCUGAUGCCAAGGUCUGGUUGCCUGGUGCUUCGUACUCGCCGCAUGCUAGCUUUUGGGCUAGGCUGGUUGUUACGCAUGUUUAUUGGAUUGGUGGGUUUGGGGACGUGCAGCAGAUUGGUUGGAUGAAUUUGACGGAGUGGCAAGGGAUCAGACCUUAUGGUAGUGUUGCGGGUGUUGGGGAUGGUAGGGGCUGGAAGGAUGUUCGUCUACCGGGUGAGAAGGAGUAG